AUGAGUAGCAUCGAUGAAGUUGUAAAGCUUAUCGAAAAUUUAUAUUCACCAAACCCAACGGUAGAUGUUAAUCAAACACAACUGACAUUACAAUCCUUACAAAAAUCAAAUGAUGGAUCACGUUUAGCAGUUGAAUUAUUAUCCGUUUCAAGCAAUUUUAGCCCAAAUGUCAAAUAUUUCGGUGCUUUGACUUUAACUGUGCAACUUAAUACAGCUCAGGAAAAUAGUGCAAACUGGAACCUUCUCAAAUAUAAUCUGAAUUAUCUAAUCCAAUAUUCUGCAUUAUAUGCAUCUAAUCCAAGCCAUCAUGGUAGUCUAUUUAUCACUAUCAAGAAAUUAAUGUCAAAUCUGUCGUUGAUUUUUAUGAACAUUAAUGACAGUGAAAAUGACAACGAGCCAGAAAACUUGUUGACUUCAUGGAGUAACCCUCUAGAUACUUUUGUCACUUUAUUAUCUGCUUAUAAUGGCUCUCCAGAACAAAUCAAUGAUGAUCAGUUAGUUCAGCAGGCCAUCCAACAUGUCGUACCAUACAAUGAUCUCAUUAAUUUCAUAUCAACGUCUCCAAGCUUUAACGAAUUGUUACUCAUUUUGGCAGAGAUUAUUGUGGAAGAUUUAACAAAAUAUCAAUCUAUGAGGCAUUCUAUGAGCAAAAUUCAUGAAUUAGUUCACUCUAAAUUAUAUGUCACUGCCAUGGCAUUGUUAAACUUCAACCUAAUCAACCAUAUUACUAACAAUAAGAUGACUGAUGUUAUAUUCAAUGCAGUUAGUGCAUGGAUAAACUACGUGUCAAUGACAAGAGCAACAAAUAAUAGAAUGGAUUUAUCAGAACUAUUCCAAAACUUAUUGAAUGUUAUGUUAAACUCGAAUGAAGAGGUUGAUGGUUUUAUUAAUGGUGAAAAAGUAAUCUCAGUGUUGGGUAAUGUGUUCAGUAAUGAUCCUACUUUAAUGAAUUUCGAUUUACGUUCUCAGGUUGAAGUUAUCUUCCUUGGAGUUUCUAGAACAAGUGAUCAAAGUGAUGCAACAAAAAAUGGCUGGAUGUUACAGUACAUGAAUCAUCUAGUUACUAACGAAAUGACUUCAGCACUGAAGGAUCUAGCCAUAUGUAUUGUGGAUUUUUUACAAGUAAACACAUUAGAUCUUUGUAAUAAAUUAUUCACAAACAUUUCUACUGUUCAUAUUUCAAUUACACAACAGUAUAUUAAAGUUCUAUUACAGUUGACAAAUUUUCCGCUCAUCCCUGUCAUUCAGGAGUUCUUUUCAGUGAAGAUGGCCGACUUUUGGGCCGAUUUAGCAGAUUCAUUCAUUAAUCUGGCUCCUGAAACGUUGUCACCAAAUGCCUCUCAAAUUGCAAUUGAUAUUUUCCAACAAGCGGUAAAUAUUUAUUUACCGAAGGUUUCCUUAUUGAAUAAACAGAAGAUUCUCGAUGAAAAUGAUAUUUCUAUGGUCCAUGAAUUUGACGACUUCAGAAAUGCCGUUGUCGACCUUUCUCAAUCAUUAUGGAAUAUCCUCGGUAACGAGCAUUUGGCGAAUGUUUUGAUGGACGGUAUUGGUAACAACGAUGUUUCAGGCACAAAUGAUCUCAAUGUUUUCUAUCAAAUCGAAUCAAUGGGCUUUUUAUUGAACGCUCUACUGACAGAUAUGUCAUUAGGCCAAAGUCCAUGGCUUGUUGGUAGAUUAAACAAGAAUAGAUUUUUUGUAAAAAAUAUUAUACUCCAAUUCAACACAGGAGUUUUCAACUUUCAUACCUAUUUGAACUGUGAUGCACAUCCUAAUUACAAUUUAAUAAAACUAGAUUUCAUUAGGACUUCAACGAACCUGAUGGCAACUUUAGCAGAUUAUUUCAAAAGUGACCCAACCGACCUAAGCUUCUGCAUUGAAGCGUUAUUCCAAGGAUUGGAAAGUUGUACAUCUCAAAACAAUCCAAAUCCAGUUCAGAAAGAAUAUAAUGAUAAAAUGGAAGUUCUUAUCAUCAAGACUAUUACUACUGUAUGUGAGAAGUGUAGGGAGCAAUUAACACAAUACUUGAUGCAUUUUGUUGGGGUUUUGAAUACCUUAACGAGACCUGAUUCAAAUGUUUCUACCUUUACAAGAGGUAAACUGACCAGAUCGAUUGGGUACAUAGUUGAGUGCAUGGUAUCUCAGGGUCCCGAAGAGCAAGCCAAAUAUAUUGUGGAGAUACUAAACUCGAUUGAAAACUUUAUCAAUCAAUGUCUUUCUUUGUCUCAGCAAAAUAAAGAACAAAAAGAAUACAUUCAUAACCUAUUGAGUUGUAUAUCUGAAUUAGGUUCCUCAUUAAUUCAUCCGGAUGAAAUACAAAAUGAAGGAUUAAUUCAAAGGUUACCAGAAUUCCAUAACUAUUGGUUAAAUGAUCCAUUACAGUGUCGCCCAAAAUUACUAAGUUUGCUAGAUAGAGUUUUGACGCAUCCUGCAUACGGUAAAGAUUCAAGUUUUAUCGAAGUAAGUUGUUUAAUAUUGGGAAAAACAUUAGGGUUACCAGAUGAUGAGCCACAUUUUUUGAAAUAUUCGAUGCAAGAUAUCAUGAACUUCAUUUUAAGACAUAUUCAAUCAUGUGAGUUAACUACUUCCUUACCUUUUUUCGUUUAUUUGCUUGAAAAACUUCUCAUCCAAUUCAAGACACAAUUAUCAUCAGGAGAAAUUGAUUUCCUUUUCGAUAAGAUAUUUUUGCAAUUCUAUUCCCAAUAUAUUCAAAAUGAUCCUGAUCUUUUACAGACCAUGAUAAACUUUUCUAUAACUGUGCUAGAGACAAGCCCAUCUCUCAUAAUCAACUCAUCACAUUGGACUUCGUUCAUUUUACCCACCUUUUUAAGGUUAUUACCUUCACAUGAAAAAUUUACUGUCGUAGCUGUCACCAAAUUUUGGUCAAAAGUAAUUAAUAAUAAGAAAUAUUCCCAGCAAGACUUAGAAUUAACAAGGAGUCAGAUUCUUUCAAGAGGUCAAGAGUUAACUUACCACACAAUGUAUGGACUAUUUCACACACAAAGGUCAGAUAUAAAUAGUUAUACUGAAUUAAUUAGGUCAUUGGUUGCAAAAUUCCCUAUGGAAACAAAAAAUUGGUUAAUUAUUACUUUACCUCAACUAUGUGAUAAUGCAUUGGCUCACGAGAAGUUUAUCAGUAAAUUAUUUGUGACCAGAGGUAGUAGAGCUGCUGGAAACGUUAUUUUGAAUUGGUGGUUAGAGUGUAGCUCUUUACCCAGUUAUAACAAUUGA